UUAUUCGAAACGAUCGUGUGAUGCGAAAUAUAAAAAAGAUAUCGAGCAUUAUCAAAAGCUAAUAAAAAUCGAUAUAGAUGUAAUUCUAAUCGCGGGAUGAUGUUCACGCGUCGCUUGUCGUUGUGAAGCGUAUCGCAUCGACCGAUCUCGUCACGUGUCACGCGUCGGUGUGUCAUUCGUUUAAUUAUGCAUCCCAUCCCCUCGAACGAAUCUUUAUUUCCUUUAUCGAUAUCCCACCGUCCGAUCCGUGUCCAAUUUGCGACAAAGAAAAUUUAAAAAGAAAAGAAAGGAAAGGAAAGGAAAGAGCAAUGGAUAGUUGUCAACGUCAAUCGACAACAUCUCGCAUUACGAAGUGACGCUUUCUCGAGGAAAGGGAAAUGGGGGCGAAAGCUGUGGCGAAAGUCGUGGCGCAUUCGAAACUCGUGGCGAGGCACUCGAACAAAGAUUUCGCAUUGUCGAUGACAGCAUUUUUAAUGAAAAUCGUUGGUCUUUGGCUGGCCAAAAACGAGCAGGAGCAACGUAAACGCCGUUUAACGUUGAUGUACACGGUGAUCGCGAUUCUGUUCGGCGUUUGGGUCCAGUUCAGGGACUUUUAUUAUUCGUGGCCGAAUUUCGGUAACUGUGCUUAUACAGCUUGCAACAUUCUGUGCCUGAUCAUGGUGUUGUUAAAAUUGUUCGUCCUGUUUGUGCAUAGAAAAGAGUUCAUCGAUCUUCUCGUGUACACUCACGAAAAUUUUUGGCACACCAAUUAUACGAACAACGAGCUGUUGUUGCUGCAGAAUUGCAAGAGAAUUUCUAUGUUGUGCAUCACUUUGAUCAACGUCUGCGCUCAAGGCACGAUCGUCAGCUACGUGUUGACGCCUAUUGUGGAAAAUAUCGGAAGAAACCAUUCAGAUAGAGUUCUUCCAUUUAAUAUGUGGGUUGACCUACCUACGCUAUUUCUAUCACCGUACUAUGAAAUAUUAUUCGUGCUUCAGGUACUCUCUUUGUAUCACGUCGGUGUGUGUUACAUUUGCUUCGACAACCUGUUGUGCCUGAUGAACCUGCACGCAGCCACCCAAUUUCGUAUUUUACAACACAGAUUGUCGGAUCUGGGUAGCGGAUGGGACACGAGGCGAUCUUUCAACAAGAUUGAUAGAGAAACGAGUUGGUCAAGUUGCAUGGAAAAUUGCUACGCGACGUUCAAAUUGUGCGUUAAGCAGCAUCAGGAUCGGAUCACAUAUUGCCACAGGCUGAACGAUAUAUUUACGAUCAUAGUGCUUGGCCAUAUACUUGUCUUUAGCUUGUUGAUGUGUCUGGUCGGUUUUCAGGUACUUAUGGCAAAUUCCCCACCAACGAGACGUCUCAUAUUCGUGUUUCACAUAACGGGCAGCCUGUGCCAAUUGUUGCUGUUCACGUACAGCUGCGAUUCUCUGAUACAAGAAAGCACGAACGUCGGGAGCGCUGUGUACUCUGGCCCUUGGAUAUGCCUGCCAAUGAACAGGAUCGGCAGAACACUGAGAAGAGAUCUGAGAAUGGUUAUAAUAAGAUCGAGGAAACCUUGCUGUUUGACCGCCAGCAGAUUCUUCCCCGUCUCCCUGGAAACUUGUACAACGGUGCUCAGUACAGCGAUGUCGUACUUCACUUUAAUGAGACAAUCCUUUGCCAAUUGAGAUUACAAAACGUAGAAUAUGCAUAAAUGAUGUGAUAAAUGAUAGAUGAAAAGAUUAUAUGAUAAUUGUAAAUCAAAUUAGAAAAAUUGUGCAAUAAUUAAUAUAUUCUGUUGCAUUCUGUA